UGUAAGGUCUGUGCUUGUGGUGACUAAUCUGUGUGACUUGUGCACGUAUACAAGUGUAUGUGCAGUUUGUUUUUAGACACCCACAAAUCUUUCCUGAAGGUUGUGGGAGGAGAAGUGAGGAUCUAUACCCGGAUACAUGAAACAUCCAUGGGGGUGUAAUGCCAUGGGGCCGCAGCUGGAGGACGUGGUGACGCACCAAUUCAAUUGGUAUGAGGGGGGGUUUCAGAGACACGGAUAAGAGACAGGGGAAUGCAGCAUCCAUCAUCAUUUAAGACACACGUGCUCAGCCCUAUCACCCCCAACCUGUACAUUGACUGAUCCUCUGCUCUGUUCAAUUUGCGCCAAAGCUGUUUACGUGUGCCAUGCAUGAUCAAGACGCAUGGCGCCCAAUAAUAGACCAUAAAGGGUGUGAGUGUGUGUGUGUGCCACAUUCAAGGAGAAGGGGAGAAGGGGAGAGACGCAGAGAAACGAGGAGAGGAUGAACACUAAACACGUGUUCAGUUUUUCUCCCUCCAAGCGUCCACCUAUCGCUGCAGACGAUCCCGACCGCCGGUAAUUAAGACGAAUGCGCGCCGCUGCUCGGCAGAUAAUGACCGGAGCGCCUGGAUUUCUGCACACAAGGAGACAACUGCGGGACAUGGCACUGACACCGUUCCCGCAUUGCAUCACGGACAAGACCCCCGGUACCCCGCUGUUUCCCUCCCACUUCAUCUGGAGCCGAUGAGGAGACAGUAACGUCUCAUCCUAGAGUUUCUUUGACUCAUGCAGCUGCUGCAGUCGCUCCCGGUCUCCCGGUAAUCACGCGCCGUGUUGACAACUUUGGCGCGGUGCUAUAUGGAUUGCGCACCAGCAACAGGCCAGUCUCUGGGAUCUCCUGAGAUUUUCUCUCCGGUUAAAUGAAGUGCUAUCUCCGGGAGUCGUCCGCAGCCUGAUCACAUCAUCUUCCAAGAGUGCGAGGCAACCUGUAGCUGCGUGCCCCUUUAUGUCAGGCAUUAUCCCGCUAAGGGGCAAUGAAGGGACACAGCUGACGGUUUCGAAUCUGCAGCCCGAGGAAGAGAGAGGAAACAAAAGAUCAGGAAAGUAACCCCGGUGGAAACCAUGUAUGGGCGGUACACCCAGGAGCUGGGUGUGUAUGCCAAGGAGGAAGCAGCCCGCCUGCGGGAUGGAGGAGGAGUGCAGGAUGGAAAAGGAUUGCGGAGGAACACCAGUGUUCGCAGUCGUGCUGCAGAUCUACUGGAUUAUGAGAAAGACCCCUGUGCUAAGUGCAAGUUGUGUGCGUCUCGCUGCCAGAAGUUCCUGAUCUCGCGGGUGGGGGAGGACUGGAUCUUCCUCAUUCUGCUGGGGCUUCUCAUGGCUCUGGUCAGCUGGGUCAUGGACUAUGCCAUCGCCUUCUGCCAAGAAGCACAGAAGUGGAUGUAUGGGGGACUGGACAGUAACAUGCUUCUGCAAUACAUCGCCUGGGUCAGCUACCCUGUAGUGCUCAUCACUUUCUCAGCGGGGUUCACACAGAUCCUGGCGCCUCAGGCUGUGGGUUCAGGCAUUCCUGAGAUGAAGACGAUCCUGAGGGGGGUGGUCCUGAAGGAGUAUCUGACCUUUAAGACGUUUGUGGCCAAAGUCAUCGGCCUGACCUGCGCCCUGGGCAGCGGCAUGCCACUGGGGAAGGAGGGACCCUUCGUUCAUGUUGCCAGCCUGUGCGCAGCCCUCCUCAGCAAAUUCAUGGCCGCUCUUUUCGGAGGGAUUUACAUGUUUAAAAUGGUAAUCACCUUUAAUGGACUUUCAGACACACAGAACGAGUUGAGGAACACAGAGAUGCUCUCGGCCGCCUGUGCAGUGGGUGUGGGCUGCUGCUUCGCUGCCCCUAUUGGAGGGGUGCUGUUCAGUAUUGAGGUAACAUCAACGUUUUUCGCUGUGAGGAACUACUGGAGGGGCUUCUUCGCUGCCACCUUCAGUGCCUUCAUAUUCAGAGUGCUGGCCGUGUGGAACCAGGAGGAAGAGACCAUCACUGCUCUCUUUAAGACCCGCUUCCGUCUGGACUUCCCGUUCGACCUUCAGGAGCUGCCAGCGUUCGCCAUCCUCGGGAUUGCCUGUGGUUUUGGAGGUGCUCUGUUCGUCUACUUGAACCGGCUGAUUGUAGAGUGCAUGAGGAAACAGAAGACCAUUAACAAGUUCUUGCUGAGGAAGCGUCUGGUGUAUCCCGCACUCGUCACCCUGCUCAUCUCCACGCUCACGUUCCCUCCAGGCUUCGGGCAGUUCAUGGCUGGGCAGCUGACGCAGCACGAGUCUCUGGUGGCGCUGUUCGACAACCGCACGUGGUGCCGUCAGGGUGUGGCCGAAGAGUUCGACUACAUCAGCCACCACCACGCCUGGAAACACCCGCAGGUCAACGUCUUCGUCACACUCAUCCUCUUCAUCAUCAUGAAGUUCUGGAUGUCAGCUGUGGCCACCACCAUGCCGGUUCCAUGUGGGGCCUUCAUGCCAGUUUUUCUUAUUGGGGCAGCGUUUGGCAGACUGGUUGGAGAGAUCAUGGCAACCAUGUUUCCUGAUGGCAUUCAUGCUGACGGCAGCGUGUAUCCCAUAGUUCCUGGCGGUUAUGCUGUAGUUGGUGCUGCAGCGCUGUCUGGAGCAGUCACCCACACUGUAUCCACUGCGGUCAUCGUGUUUGAGCUGACCGGUCAGAUCUCCCACAUCCUGCCUGUGAUGAUCGCCGUCAUUCUGGCCAACGCCGUGGCCCAGUCGCUCCAACCUUCUCUGUACGACUCCAUCAUCCGCAUCAAGAAACUUCCUUAUCUGCCCGAGCUGGGCAUGGGACAUCACGAGAAAUAUAAUAUCCGUGUGGAGGACAUCAUGGUCAGGGACGUGCGCUUCAUCACUCUGAACUCCUGCUAUCGGGACCUGCAGGAGAUGAUGCUGACAGCUCAGCUCAAAACACUAGCCCUGGUUGAAAGCAGAGAAUCCAUGAUCCUGCUGGGCUCAAUAGAGCGACUGCAGCUCCAGUCUCUGCUCUCGCUUCAGCUGGGACGCCAUCGGAGGCUGGAGUACCUCCACCAGCUGGCCCAGGACAACGGCACACACGAUCACCUGCCCAGCCUGACCACUGACAGCACCCCCAGCUCACCCUGCACCCACACCCACGCCAACUCGUCAGACAGCACCCGCCAAGGGGUCCGCUUCCUGAUCUCCACAGAGGAGUCUGCCUCCUUCAGCCCAGUGGCUUCCAAUAUUCAGCUUCCUCUGAAAUCUGCCUUGAAAACUGUGUCUGCCAUCAGUGACACAGAGACGCCAAAUAGUUCUCAGACGAUCUCCUGUGCGGACCAAGACAAGGAGCUGCUGGAGGUGAGCACAACAGUGAGAGAAAACUUAACAGGAUAUAAAAGAUGCAUGUGGGCAAGUGUGUUAUGUAUUGUAUUCAAAGGUAAGUGCUGCGGCAGGGUCCACCCACAGGCGGCUGGGUUUUCCAUUCUGGGGUCUUAGCUUUUUCCUAUAAACCUUAUGUAUGAGUCAUUGCCCUCUCACUGCAAAACACAAUCAGCUUAUAUUUUUGGUUAUAACUGUUGCACUGGUGGGUCAGACAAAUUAGUUUGUGUUUUGAGAGCAACGUAGUGAUGUGGUGCUGAUGAGCCAAAAGAUGAAGUAUUUUGUUAUUUGUGACACCUGCACAAAAGAAUAAAGAUAUUCCACAUUCCUAAUUUGAAGGCGACCCGAUCUUCUGACAUUCCCCCUCUCAAAUUAGGCGGAACCCAAAGUUAUGACUUUACUCUCAGAAGUGGCUGUAAUACCUGUAGUGAUCAGAGUUUACAUAUAUAUAAAAUAUGUCAGGCUGACUUCUUCGGGGAAAUGUGGAUAAGGUUAUUUAAAAUUCUAUAUAUUAGGUCUUAUUUGUUUUUUUCUUUUUUUUAUAGUUAUUGGCAAUCAAUUUAAUGGUUAGACUCUAAAAUGUCAAGCUGCUUUGUCAUAAGGGUUGAAAUUCACAGACUUUUGUCAUAACAGGAAACGGAGAGUUGAAGCUAAUAACAAGGGCUCCGUCCCAGCACUUGUUGUAAUGCGAUGGAGAUGUUUGAGUUUCUGUUUCUGCAGUAGCAGCUGAAUCAAGUGUGUCAGACACUGUUGAAUAGAAUGAGCCCAUAGACAAUACUUAAGGGAAAACACAGGGGUUAAAAUAACUUCACAAGAAUCCUUCAAAAUUUGAUCUGUCAGCCAAUGUUGCGUUAGCGUUGGGCUUCUUGUGCAGAUUUCCUUUCUCUUCAUGUGUCGCUCUCGGCGACAUUGUGCUCGAGUCCCAGAGUCUUCUCCCACUUGAAGUCAGACUGGGAUCCAGGGUUGUGGUGGCACCAAGUUAAAGGUGUUAAACUGUCCGGUGUCACUGAUGUUGUGUUAACGUGCUGUGUCGAUGCCUUUUCUCCCUGACUGGAAGAGCCCGGUUGGGCCAGCUCCUCCUGAGAAGAGGAAACUCAAACGAGUGAGGAUCUCCAUGGGGGUAAGAUUGUCUGCCGCCUGGAAACUGUUGCUUGUUUACCUUUUCCUUUGCGACCACACACACACGUAGUGAGUGCUGGACCUAAACGAUUG